AUGGAACCUAAAAAUUAUGCCACCAUUCGCUCUCUUUUAAAAAAAGAAAGAGGAGAAAAAGUGGCUCCUCAUGAAAUUAACGAAGAAACCGAAUUCACUCAAGAAGACCAAGAACUAGAAAAAGCCUACAAAGAAAUCAGCCAAGACAAAGAAAGAAAAAAAUUAACUAAACUAGCCCAAAAAGCGGCUUUAAAAGAUUUACAAAAGAGAUUAUAA